AAUUUUUGGUUUGGUUUGAUCGUUUUGUCCAAAAGAUCAAGUGACGUCAGCGCAAUCACGCUCCCGGAUUUGGUCGCGACGCCACCACCACAAACGCUCGCCGGCCGGCUCCCCUCCUCCUGAUCCUGCCGGCCUCCACGUCGCCCUCCGUCUCCCGCAUUCCGUCGAACGCCUCCUGCCCGCCCCGCCAUGGCCGGCCUCCUCCUCUCCUCCCACCUCGCCGCCGCCGCCGCCUCUUCCUCCUCCUCCUCCACUAGCUCCGCCUCUGCUCGACCGGUGCACCGCCUCGUCUCCUUCCGCGCUGCCGCCCCAAAGGGUGGCCUUCGGGGCGGCGUUGUCGUCGCAUCCUCUGUCCCGCCCUCGCCGCCGCCUGCCGCACCGGCAGCUGCAGCGGCAUCGGCGCGGUCCUUCCGCUCAAUGGCCCCGUCGGAGACCACCGUGCUCGUCACGGGCGCCACGGGCUACAUCGGCCGGUUCGUCGUCCGCGAGCUCCUCCGCCGCGGCCACCCCGUGGUCGCGGUAGCGCGCUCCCGGAGCGGCCUGCGCGGCCGGAACGGCCCGGAGGAGGUCGUCGCCGACCUCGCCCCAGCGCGCGUGGUCUUCUCCGACGUCACCGACGCGGACGCGCUCCUCGCCGACCUGUCCACGCACGGGCCCAUCCACGCCGCGGUGUGCUGCCUCGCCAGCCGCGGCGGCGGCGUCCAGGACUCGUGGCGCGUGGACUACCGCGCCACGCUCCACACCCUCCAGGCCGCGCGGGGCCUCGGCGCCGCCCACUUCGUGCUCCUCUCCGCCGUCUGCGUCCAGAAGCCGCUCCUCGAGUUCCAGCGCGCCAAGCUCAGGUUCGAGGACGAGCUCGCCGCCGAGGCGUCCCGCGACCCGUCCUUCACCUACAGCAUCGUUCGCCCCACCGCCUUCUUCAAGUCCCUCGGCGGCCAGGUCGACACCGUCAAGAACGGCCAGCCCUACGUCAUGUUCGGCGACGGGAAGCUCUGCGCCUGCAAGCCCAUCAGCGAGGAGGACCUCGCCGCCUACAUCGCCGACUGCAUCUUCGACGAGGACAAGGCCAACAAGAUCCUCCCCAUCGGCGGGCCGGGGAAGGCGCUGACGCCGCUGGAGCAGGGGGAGAUGCUGUUCCGGCUGCUGGGGCGCGAGCCCAAGUUCAUCAAGGUGCCGAUCCAGAUCAUGGACGCCGCCAUCUGGGUGCUCGACGGGCUCGCCAAGGUGUUCCCGGGGUUGGAGGACGCGGCGGAGUUCGGCAAGAUCGGGAGGUAUUACGCGUCGGAGAGCAUGCUGGUGCUGGACCCGGAGACCGGCGAGUACAGCGACGAGAAGACGCCGAGCUACGGCAACGACACGCUCGAGCAGUUCUUCGAGCGGGUGAUCAGGGAGGGCAUGGCCGGGCAGGAGCUCGGUGAGCAGACCAUCUUCUAGGCCUCCUCGCCUUCUUGGUUGCCAUCGCCAUUUUCUUGGCAACCCAGCAAGGUGCUUGUAAAUUACACAUCGUCCAUGAGUGAUUCGAGUGUUGUAGAAAGGUGAAUGAGGCUUCGAGUUCUUGAUGUUUCAGACGCCAUUAGCCGUUCAGUUGUACCAUACAAUGUGUCGUCCAAUUUGAAAGGAGGGUGUUAGUUUUGCUCUCUCAAAUCAGACAUAAAUCAAAGAUGACUCCUUUAUAGGAGAUUAAUAUCGUAUCUGCAAUUUCAUCGGUUUCCAGAUUUGUAAACACUCCAAAUGCAAUCCAGCCAUUGACAUGCAAUUCCACGUAAGUUCAUCAUAGACAACGGUCCUUUUCCAUG